GGCAGUCACUGUAAAAACCUGAUCGAAGUGAUCACACCGAUUUUAUCUUGUUUGUCACCGCUUUUAUUACCAAUAGAGACAAAAAAAAAUGAUUAAAAACAUACAAAUAACUAGACCGGACAUAAAUGUGCCGUUUGGUUUUAGCAUAAAGGGUGGAAUUGAUUCGGAACAACCCUAUCUUAUUACAGCAGUAAAAGUAAGCGGUAUUGCUGAAGGUGUUGGAUUGCGGGUGGGAGACGUUAUAACGCAUGUGAAUGGUAUCGAUGUCGAUCAGUUGAGCCAUGAGAAUAUUUUUAGCAGUUUUACGACCCUAUUGAACAUGAUGAUUCGAAUUUAUCGCGACGGCGACAUCGACAUCGUCGAAGACGAAUUAAACAUGAAAAAAGCGUGUGAUGUAAGGCAAUUUCCCGAUGCAAUAAACAGCAAGCCAAAUGACUUUGAUCUGAUUGACGAUAGUAAAAUCGCUGAAAUUAUAUCGGCAGAGGCAGAACUUUUAGAAGAUAACGUUAUUGGUGUGAAUUUUCAGAAAAUCAUGCCAAUGUCCAACAUUUUUAAAAGCAGUGAAGUGCUCAAACAUUUAAAUGAAGAAGUGAAAUUUGCAAACAUUCGGAAAAAAUACGAGGGCGAAAGAGAAUCGACAUUUUUACAAAAGCCCAAUCGUCCGGUGCCCAAAGGAAAAAAUGAGCAACAAGAGCAUCAAGAAUUGAAUAGCACAAUAGGCCACAUCGAAGAGACGAAGAAAUUCAUCAUCUCAGAGAUCGAAACCAUAAACAUUCACGAGGAAAGUAAUAAAUUUAUGGAAGAGCUACAUGAUCGUGUCGAUCUUGCCAGUAUCGAGUUCGAUGCCAACAACGACAAUGACAACGAUGAAGAUGAAAUGCCCGACUUGUUACAGUGCGAACAGAAUAUAUCCGUUGCAAACACAUGCGAUUUAAACGAAUGCAAAAUAGAAAAGUGUACAAUUGAAAAAUGCCAAAUCGAGCAAUGUACAACGGAAGAGUGUACUGUUGAAGAGGAAUGUAAAAUUAAACAUAUUGAAGAAUUAACGGAAUCUAUUGAGAAUGAUAGCAACGUCGCAUCGAAACCACCAAUUUGUGAUACGAGAGAUGUUGAAAUGGAAAAACAAUUGGAAAUUGUUCGAAAGCAACUGGAAGAGCUAGCUCAAUUGCCAUCAACCAUCCAGGCCACCAUUGAAGCGGUGAAGAAACAAAUUGCCGGACUUAUCCAUUUGAAAAAUAUGGAAAUUCACAGCAAUACCAAUGCAGUGACAUCAACAACGGUGCAAUUGUCGGAAAGAAUUGUCAAUCAAGAAUCGAAGACGGAAAUUGAAAAUGAUUUAAAGAUAGAAAAUGUCGAAAAUUCACUGGAAGAAAAUGAACAAGCUUCAAAGAACGAUCAAAAGCCAAAAGAUGAAAUUGAAGGCGAUUCAAAGAUAGAAAAUGGACAAGAUUCAAAGAAAGACACCGAGACAGACAUUAAUGGAGCGACCAUUGAAUAUUCAGAGGCAAUUUCCGUACAACAAGAAUCGCUUGAAUGUCAAACGAUAGCCUCAUGUCAAUCAGAUAGCACUGAUGUAAUUGCCGCAAAAACCGAUGAGCAAAUUGCAAAAUUGAAACUUGAACAAUGUUUCAGCGAGCAACGAGAACGAUGGUUUAAUGAAAGGAAACAGAAAUUGCAACAACAGCUUUCAGAAAAACUCGUCGACGCAAAUACAUUGCCAACAAAAAGUAGAGAUGGACCAAAAACGCCAAGUGAACGACCAUUGGUUUUGCCCGGUGGACGAAAGUGGCGAAAUGAACGUGAUGCAUACAAUGAAGAGUUUAUUGCCGAAACGAUGAGUGCACAUGCGGAAUUGAUCAACGGAUCGACACUGGGGAGCUACGAAAGCUAUCUUCUACCCUUUGAUGAUAGAGUCAAUUUUCUGAAGUAUAAAAAACCGGAGAGAGAUUUAUCGAAUUUAAAUAAAAGCGAAGUAUUUAAAAUGAUUCACGAUUCAGAGACGAAGCCAGCCAGUCGAAUUUCCGAACGGCCACCAAAAGUCUUUUCAGCCGAUGAUUUUAAAAAUUGAUUUCACAUAUAUAUUGUGUCUAGAGUAUAUACGAAAAAUCAAAUAAACGAAAUCAUUAUAGAUACCAAUUGAAA